AUGUCCAAGGAGGGUCACGCGUGCAAGGUGACCUCUGUGUGCAAGCACAAGGAGCGCAAGCCCAAGAAGCCCCACUACAUCCCACGGCCAUGGGGCAAACCAUACAACUAUAAGUGCUUCCAGUGCCCCUUCACCUGCAUGGAGAAGUCCCAUCUCUACAACCACAUGAAGUACAGCCUGUGCAAGAACUCCCUGUCCCUGCUCAUUGAGUCCGACUGGCCCUAUAAGAAGGGCAACCUGCUGCACCCAGACCAGAUCCGGCCCCUUCAGCAGGCACACUGCCUCCGGACCGCGGCUGGGAAAGAGGAGCCCGAGCCUUCCACAGGGACCGAGGAGAGGCCCCGGCAGCGGCGUGCAGUGGAGGAGGACAUAGACAAUGGACAGAGUCCGGCAGGAGAGGAGGAGAGGGGACAGGGAGAAGGGGCUGAAGUCAACGGGAUGACCAGAGAGAGCUCCAAUAACAGGAAUUCUUCAGAAGGGAUGACCAAGAGAGCAAGUAAGGGGCCUGAACCUGAGCUGCUGAUGGACGAUAUGUUCUCUCUGGAGGACCAACUCCUGCGGGCACGUACUGUGGAGGUGGAAGCCCAGCUGAAGCACUACAAGUUGUCCAAGACGUGCCUGACAGCCCCCGGGCUGUUGUCGGAGCAGUGGCGUCUGCUGGCCACCAGCCAAACCAAGGCCAAAUCCGAGGGCGCCCAGCCUAGAGUGGGCAGCUCCAUCCCUUGCUACCCUCUUCCACCUGGCCUGGUGGACUACCAGGAUCCCACGGGACUCAACCUGUCUGUCCUUGGGGUGGGCUACCCCUUGAGCCCCAGCCUCUUCUCCUAUGUGAACUCAAUGAAUGCAAUCCCCACGCCUACCACCAAUGUUAAUACCCCAACUCAUGCGCAGCUAGCCCAGCUCCCCUUCCUGGCGUCGGCCGCUCAGCUCAUGCAACCGGCGUCCGGUGCACACCACCCCGCCGACCGGAGCCUCCUGCCACCCCACUUCUACUACCCCUUCCUCUGUGAGCAUGCCUUCGGAGCAGCCUCCGCUCAGAGUGACAUCAGCAAGGGGCUUAAGACCUCCGUGAAUGGCCUGGAGCCCAACUCCAGUUACCAGCCCAAAAUCAACUUGUGGAAGGUGCCUGCUCUGAGGCCAGGUACCCCUACCACCUCCCCUGCCGCCUGGGUGUCCCCCCAGAGAGAGUCACCAGACCCUUCCUAUAGGACAGGGGACAAGUUUGAGGCUGCAGCCAAGGAGGGGAAGCCAAGCUGGGGCCUCAAGAGGACAGGGGCCACCUUGGGGACCCAAAAGUCCCCUGUGGAGAAGAGGCCAGCCCUUGGGUUCACCCUGGAUCGCCUCAAGAACAUUCACAAAACCAAACCAACAGAAAAGCUCCUCCUCCACAGCAGUUUUACGAAUGCUCAGUCUGAAGCCCAGCCAGCAGAGCAGUGGUACACAGAUCCCCCCGCAAGCCCAGUCAGUGAUUCGCCCUCUCUGCCGCGUUGUAGAAGACCCAGCAGCCGGGACUCUACCACUGGCCAAGGGACGGGGGAGGCAUCUUCAGAACCAACAUCAGCUGCUGCCCUCCUCAGCGAUCUCUCCAAGGCUCUACAGGAGUACCAGGAGGCUGAACGCAAGAUUGCCCACUUGGAGAAAGAAGACCUCCCUGCUCAGGGACACCUAUGGGAACACCUGAACAAGAUCCGCAGUGAGCUCUCCCACAUUCACCAUGCACUGGAGAGGACAGCUCGCCAGAGCGAAGGACCCCUGGACCUCUCGGUCAAGAAGGAACAACCUGGAGUGACCAAUGUGGCUGCUACUGGCGACCAGGGCCUCGAGGGAGCCUCACUUAAAGAUGAUAUUACCAUGGAGACCGAGGAGGAAGACGAGGAGACCAAGGAGAGGGACAAGGAGGAAAAGGAGAACGAGAGGAGGAAGGAAGCGAUGAAGGCUUCGUUGGAGAGUCGCAAGCAGUCUUUGGACGUGCUGAUCAAGAUGAGUCAGGUGGGGAUGAAGACGGAGGUCCUAUCCUCAGGAGGGUUGGGGUUGAGGCCCAGCCAGGCGGAGGGUCUCUGGCCAGGCAGGACCACCAAGUGUGAGGCUGACUCCAGCGUGCUGCUUUGCCCCGAUGGCCGGCCCCUCGCGGUCUUCAAUGACUUCCCCACCUUCUCCACCAAAAACUCCAAGAGGCCCCCGUCCAUCCAGCAACUACGGGAACCACAAUGUCCGCCAAGCCCCUUGACCACAAUAGACUCCUAAACCUCUCCUGAGAAACUCAAUUUCCCAGCUUGCCACACACCUGAAAGCUCUCCUUAAGACUACACAGUAGCACUAUUUUAUUUUGUUCAUGCACUCCCAGACUCUCAGUGUCCAGGCAAGCGCUUACACCACUAAUGUACUUUACAACACCACCCCCAUCUCCCCAUAAAGACGACAAGCAUCGUACCUUCAAAAAAAGGGGCGAGUGAAGAAGUGGCUGAGAA